AAAAAAGAUGAUAUUGAGACUCCAGUGGUAACUGAAGCAACCUCCACCCUUGAAGAUGGGAACUGUGAGCUGGCCGAGAAUUCUGAGUCACUUGACCAAAGUACCAAGCCAGAGAAUAAAUCAGAGCUUGCAGCUAUCACUAGGAAAAGACCAGAGUCCAAACCUUCCAGUGACCUUGAGACUUAAGAAGUUCUCCCUGUUGAGGAGAUUGUUUCCAAAGAUGUACCUCAGACCCUAUGAUAUUGGGGCAGCUGGGGCAAGUCCUUGCUCUCUUCAGCCUCAGCUACAGUAGCUACAGUAGGACAAGGUAUUUCAAAUGUCAUUGAGAAGGCAGAGACUUCUCUUGGAAUUCCUAGUCCCAGUGAAAUUUCAACUGAAGUCCAGGAUGCAGCAGGAGAGACAAAUGCCAGUGAGAACGCAAACUCCUCCUCAUUGAUUGGGCCAUUUGGUGUAUUUUCAACCAUCUCUACUGCUGUUCAAACCACAGGAAAGAGCGUGAUCAGUGGGGGUUUGGAUACCUUAGAAUUCAUUGGGCAAAAGACAAUGGAUGUAAUAGCAGAAGGGGAUCCUGGAUUUAAAAGAACCAAGGGUCUGAUGAACUGGAAUUCUACAUUGUCUCAGGUUUUACGAGAGGCAAAGGAGAAAGAAGAGCUAUGGACCUCCAAUGAGGUUACCUUGGAAACGGACAAGAAAACUCAUUAUGGGCUCCUUUUUGAUGAAUUUCAAGGCCUUUCGCGAGAAAGUGAAAUAAAGGUGAAAUCUAUUCUUAAUUCAAGUGGAGAAGAACUACAGACUCUAAAACUUGAAUUGGAGCAACUCAAGGAAGCAUUUUUUCUAGCAGAGUUCUGUGAGGAAGAGGAAGAAGAGAAAAAAGAUGACGAAGACUUUACCAAAGAAAUAACAGAGCUAUUUUCCCAGCUGCAUGUCUCCUCCAAACCUGAGAAACUUACCAAGGCAAGGAAUACUGCCUACGAAUGGAUCAGUACAUCUCUGGCCAAGCCAUCAGAAGAGAAGAAAGAUGGAGAGAAACAGUUGGAAACAGAAAAAAUUGAGCAAAUCAGUAAAAAUUCAAUAGAGGAUAUCCAUGCAUUUGCAAUCCGGAGCCUAGCAGAGCUGACUGCCUGCUCAAUUGAACUGUUUCACAAAACAGCGGCUCUGGUUCUGCAUGGCCAGAAGCAGGAAGUGACAGCCAUAGAAAGAAGCAGAACUCUUUCCCAGAUGACAAUUGUGUUGUGUAAAGAGUUGUCUUCUCUGUCCAAAGAGUUCACCACUUGCCUAACAACUGCUGGGGUCAAAGAAAAGGCAGACAUCCUUAAUCCCCUAAUCACUGCAGUAUUUCUGGAGGCAUCAAACAGUGCUUCCUAUAUUCAGGAUGCCUUUCAGCUGCUCUUACCUGUGCUGGAGAUCUCUCUCAUUGAGAACAAAACUGAAUUACCAGAGGCAUGAGCUAUAUACAGGCCCAGGGUCUUUGUCAGAACAUUGAAGAACAGAGAGGAUUCAACCCAAAACUUGUGGUGGCCAAGAAAUGCCACUCUCUUUGGGUACCCCUGCAGAAGGGAAGGAGAAAGGAU